CACGGUGCAGGCUCGAAAGUUGAACAGAAUCCUUCAAAAUGGCGUGCUUAGUUUCCACGAGCUUCGUCGUUCCUCUGCGCUUUUCACCAAUGCUAUCACUAAACAAGGGACUGCAUCAGUUAGAUUUUUCUCUGAGUAGAUUUUCAAGCAAGGCAACAUUUCGUCCAGCUCAAAAGAUUCUUGGAUCUUGCAGUUCAAAUAAACGUGUGUUAUCCGGGAAAGGAAGCUGCCAACGUUGCUUCAUGUCGCACACGAGAUUUCUACAUGAAACUUGUUCACACAACUUGGAUGUAGCUUAUUAUACUGAGAUAGUUAUAUCUGGUUAUUGGGUAGGACCUGAUGCUGAUGAUGGGUGGGGAUUUGUGGAAGCUGUAAUUAAUCAAAUGAAUUGAUCUUAUUUGUUUUAGAUAAGAGUUGAUAGUGCUUCAUUCUUAUGAAAUAUGUAAGUGGCUGUGUGGCUCCUCGGUAAGCUGCCUGCGGUUUCUAUUCUUCAAAGGCUUCAUAAACUAACCAGUCUUUAGGAAAAUUGAG